AUGGGAACAUUUGUCUCAAUAGCCCAGAAUGCCUGGGGAAUUUUUAUAUCCGAAAGGAAGCCUGGCUGGAAGUAUCUGAUGCAGCUUUUUGCAGUUUGCUCUGCAGUUGGCUUCCUCGCAAGCCUUCUCUUAUUCCUUGGCGUGCACUUCUCCCUGGCACACCACCCUUUGACACCCUUACUGAUUUCUGGAUUCAUCUGGGUCUCGCUUUCGAUCGCGCUCUCCUGUUCCAAGCACCUGCGCUGUUUCAGCAUGCUGUUUCUUCUUUCUUGUGGACUGCGAAAUGGCAGGCAUGCUCUUAUUACUGCUGGCACAGGUGUCGUGGUGGCCGGCAACAUCCAAAAUAUUUUUCACAACUUAAAGGUUCUGGCAGACAGUAUAACCUGUCAUUUAGAGUAUGAGCAAUUUGCCUUGAUAAAAUACUAUGUCGAGGCAGUAAAAUGGAUUUACGAGGCAGCCAAGCUUUCCACUGAACUAUCUAAACAUAUAGUGUUCCUAAGGCAUGAAUUCACACCAUCUUAUUCAAUUUCAGAUGAUGCAUUAAAACAAGAGCUAAAUGACACAAAGCAAGAAAUCCAAAGGGUUGCUAACCAGAUAUCUUUUAUGUUGACUAUACUGCCCUAUGUAGGCCAGAAAGUAUUGCCUAUAGUGGGGACUUUUCUGGCUUCUUUUGGAACAGCCCUUUUUAUAAAAAAAUUUGUGGGCACUCACACUGCCAAAUUCAAGAAUACUUAUAUCACUAAACAGUUCAUCGCAUUUGAUGAGCAUCAAAAGCAACAGCAGAGACCCUGCCUUCUGCCACUUAACAGAAAAGAAAGAAAAGAUUAUGUGACAAUCCCAUCUUUCUGCUUCACAAGGAAGGACAGAAAAAACAUGCAGUAUUUUUUUCUCCCUGUAAUUAUUCAUCUCUGCAUCUGGCUUCUGUUUGCUGCAGUAGAUUAUUUGUUUUAUUGGUUAAUUAUUUCUGUGAAUAAACAUCUCCAAGAAGUACCGGAUCUAGAGAUUCAGCUCAGCCUUUUUCAGCAAAGGAAUGAGAACAGCUUUAUCGUUGGUGUGAGAGAACACAUUGUGAAGACUGAUCCUUUCAAGAUCUCUUUGUUUAAGCAUGACUGCAUCCCUCAGCCAGAGUUCACUCUCUCUAUGACAUGGAUCCAGCUUGGAGUCAUUAUCUUCUUCUUAAUUAUUUUUGGGUUGUUCUCUGGCUUCCUGACCCAACUUAAAAUACUCGUGUCAACUUCAUUUUAUCCUGACACUGAGAUGAAACGGAUACGUUAUUUGCAUGCAAAUUUACUCAAGAAAAGAGCAAAGCUACAAGAGAAAACUGGGAAGAAGGUGCUUGCUAGAACGGUCAACUUUUGGUUUCCAAUACUCAGUGCAAGAGAGGCAGUGAUGAAGAAACAAAGGAGUGUAGCAAAUGACAACAUGGUGUGA